UCCGGGAAGACGUGGAGGCCUGACGGAGGCCCGGUGGGGGUGAGAGGAGAAGCCCUGCAGCUGCCAAGUGGGACGGAAGGACUUCGCUCUCCCUCUGUCUGUAGCUGUCAUUCCAUCUCGGGUUGUGCUGUGGCUGGAAACCAGAGAGUUAUUUCCCCCUCCCAUCAGUACACCUGCUCUGAGGUCCUCUAGAAGCCCCCUCCCCACCAACCAUGAACCCAGAGACUGCCGGAGGAUUGCCACCACCACCGAAGUUUUAUCAGGGGGAGCCGCUGGCCUUGGGGAUCACGCAGAUAUUAAUAGGCAUUAUUGGGAUGACUUUUGCGGUCAUGGGAAAUGUGACUUUUGCUUAUUACGUAUUCGUUCACCUGAAGGUGAUGACACCGUAUUGGACUGGAGUCUUGUACAUCAUUUCAGGAUCCCUGUCUGUGGCCGCUGCUAGGAACCCCAAGCCAUCCCUGGUGAAAGGCAUGCUGGGAAUGAAUGUGGUGAGCGCUGUGGCCGCUGGCAUUGCGAUUGUGUUAACCUCUUUAUCGUUAUGCCAUCCAAUGUAUAAUUACUGGAGCAGAUGCAGCCGGUAUUCUUCCAGCUCUGACGUGGAUCCAGUGUGCUAUGAAAACGAAAUCCUCCCUUAUAAAAAGCUGGUGGGCAUGAUGGCUGUCCUCCUGGCGUUUAACAUCCUAGAGUUCUGCAUCAGCAUCUCCAAUGCAGCCUUUGGGUGCAAGAACAAUUGCCUGGAGACCCCCACACAAAUGGUUGUGGUGGUUUACCAGAAUGCAACCCCGGACCUCGCGGUUGGUCUCCAAACUGCUUGUCUGGAUCCCGAAUCUCCCUGAAUUGAUCUUCUGAGUUGGAAUGAUGUAUUCUGCUCCAAAUCAAGACGCAAAAGACUGAUUUAGCAUCUUCAAAAAUUGGUACAUCUGGACCACAUGUUUCUCAACUAGUUCCAGGUUGUCCUUUGAAUCAGCUGAAGAUGAGGGAUAUUUUGAGCUAUCUGAUAUACCAUUAAUAAAUAUGGAGCAUGAUUUUUGAUAUGGAGCAUGAAUAAAUAUGGAGCAUGAUUUUGAUGAUAUAGAUCUUUUUGUCUGUGGGACUGGCAGCUGUUGAUCUUGGAUCAAAAAUUUAAAAGUGGAUUCGGGCAGAUCCAAGAAAACGUACAGGUGACAUUGGAAUGAGGAAACUCAUUCCAGUGGGAUUUACGUGCUUGGUUAUCAGUUAUAGAGGUAUACAUUUACUGUCUAAAAAAAUAAUUGUGGGGAAACUGUAUAGUAACUUACACUCCCAGACAGAAUGCUGAGCUAAAGUUGUCCUUCACAGCUUGCAUGUCUAUAGUAACGUUUCUGCUUUUUGGAUUCAAAUCCUGAUAACCAAGAAUCAAGGCUGUUAGUGAUUUUGCUGGAAUGUUUCUGUUUAUCAAAUUAUAUUGGGGUUUUAGCAAAGAAAGUUAGUAGUAAUGACUAAGGCUCACUGAAAUACAGGAAACAAAGUGAUAGUUACUAACGUAAGCCCCAUAUCACUUAUUCACAGCUCACUUUCUUUGGGUGCAGCCCAUUAUAUCCCCAAUAAGUUGGCUAAUAUGUAACUGGUCUCUUAUUUCUUCCUUAUAUUGAUUUAUUCCAAAAUAAUUUCCGUAGAUUUUUCUACAAGAUCUGUUUCUGUACACAGUAUCUUAGCUCAUAGAUGCUUAUGCAAUGUAAAUAACUUGAGUAUUAAUAAAUGUUGACCUUUGUGAUAA